AUGGCGGGCGCGCGCGCCCCCCGCCGCCUCGCGCCCCUCGCCGCUCCCCGCCCGGCCGAGGGCUGCGCCCGCGGGAAGGAGGCGCCGCGGCCGCCCGAGGAGAAGGGCGGGGGGGCGGCGGCCGAGAGAACGCGCGUCCGGGCCCCCCCCCCACCCGGCUCCGGCCUAGAUCGCCGCCGCGGGCUGCCCACAAUGGAUCCGGCCGGGCUCGGCGCCGCUUCCGUCCCGACAGGCCCCGGAUCGGGUCGAAUGGGGCCGCGCUGUUCUCCUCCGCCCGCGCACGCGCGGGGGGUCCCGCGGCUCUCGGUGCCGGCCCGGAGCCGGCGGCGGCCGUCGGUGCAGCCGGGCUCGGCGGGAGCCGCGAGGGAGCGGCCGGUGGCAGCGGCGCGUGCGGGACCGUUAGGCGCGGCGCGAGCCCGGCGCGUGCGGCGGCGGCGGCGGCUGCGCACGUGCGGCGCGUCCCGACCCGACCGGCGGCGCUGGGGCCGCUCUCGGCGGGAAGGGCGAAGCGAGGCCCGGCGGGCGGGGGGGGGGGCGUGGGGCCGCGACCCGCUGCGCUCCUCGGGAGCCCCUCCUUUAGGGCCGUCGUUUAUGCGGCCGGCAGAUGGGCGGUUUGUUCAGAAAACCGUCCGUUCUGGCCGCGAGCAGGUGAGGUCGGUUGUGGAUAAGAUCGGUCAGGUCAUCCUUGCGCUUUCUCUCCCGGUGGCGCGCCGCAGUCGGGGAGCAGAAUUCCAACCGGCUGGCCGCGAUCAGGGCAGGGUGAAAGCACGGCGGUGGUUUGUCGCAGAACGCGGUGGCCCCGCGGCUGUCCCGGCACAAGUACGGGGCUGCAGAGUCCUGUCAGACACUGGGAGAGAAACCUGUGAGGAGAGUUUGCGAGAGUGCUGUAAGUGGUGUACGGAACGCUGUGCGCAGGAGAAAGCUUUCCUCCUUCCCAAAACGCCUUGGGAAAAGUUGGACAACAGUCCGUCAGUGUGCCUACAUGAGAUUCCUGGCACCAGGGAUAUCCAUGCAGCAUGGGAAUGUCACAGCAGCUCUGCACAACAACGAAGCUUCUUUGAAGAUGUACCUUUAAAAAGUCAUAUGCAGCUACUGGAAUCUUUGAGAGAGGAAGAGUAACGGCUGGUAUUAUUAAAUGCCCCGUCUGAAACUGAUCUGACUAUGAGGUGAAUAUCACUGGCCUAUAUUCAGCAUGCCUAGACUGCCUCUGUGAAGUCUGGAUUCUAACUGCAGAUACCACAUCAACCUGUCUGAAGUUUUUGCAAUGAACAAUUUUACUCUUGUAAAUAUAGCAACUGUGUGGAGCGGGCUGCUCCUGGUCUGAGCUUGCUUCUGGGCUGCAGGCAAGUCUUCAUCCUGCUUCUGUCAAAGCUCAAUCCCUUGGUUUUUUGAAGUCUCUCCCUCAGCUUUCGCUUUUGCUGUAUCUGUGUAUGCUGUGUAUCCAUCUGUGGUUUCCUAAUUUAAACCGCUGUUUGUUUUU